GGGGAUUAUAAGCAAGAAAAAGCUCAAUUACUCCUACUUUCGUAUUAAGCUCUUCGUUUCCAGAAUAACUGAUUUUAUUCGUGUUCAUCACGCGCCCCCUCUCUCUUAACAAACCCAUUUCCGCUCCAACCUCUCAGUCUGCUUCGCUCGCACUCACAGGUCCUCGCAAGAUCCUCAUCAUCUAAUCGAGUUUUGUGUUCUUCAGAUUUCUCUAAGUGAGUCGUCGGCAAAAAUGGUUUCCUUCGAGAUGAAUGAUCGGAAAAAGAUCGGACUGGGAUUGACAGGAUUUGGCGUAUUUUUCUCAUUCCUGGGAAUGGUUUUUUUCUUUGACAAGGGAUUACUUGCAAUGGGAAAUAUCCUCUUCUUCUCAGGGGUGACUUUAACAAUUGGAUUUAAGUCCACGCUGCAAUUCUUCAUGAAACGUCAAAAUUUUAAGGGGUCAAUUUCUUUUGGUGUUGGGUUCUUCUUUGUGCUCAUAGGGUGGCCAAUUGUGGGCAUGAUUUUGGAGGCAUAUGGUUUCGUUGUACUCUUCAGUGGCUUCUGGCCAACAUUGGCAGUUUUUCUGCAGAAGAUUCCAAUUCUGGGAUGGGUGGUCCAACAGCCAUAUAUUAGAUCGUUCUUUGACCGAUACCGUGGUCGACGGGUGCCUGUGUAGCCAGGAAACAGAGUGCCAAAUCUGAUGCAGGCGAACCUGUAAUUUCUUGUAAUAUACGUUAGAUGGAUAAACAUAAUUCUUUUAAAUUCAGCCCACAAAUUGACUGUAGGAAAUUACUGAGCUUUAUCUUUUACAAAAAAGAAGUUAAAAAAGAAAAAAGAGGGAUGAGCUUUAUCUGUAGCUGUCUGUGUUAGUCUGAUUCUUUUGUUCUUAUUGCUAAAUGCAAACUUCUGUUUCUUUUGAAUACAGUGUUCAAAUUGUCAA